AAAUCUAACCAGUCACUGACCAAUCCGAGACGCCAGAUUCGAAAAGGGGCGUGGCCGAUGGUCACUGACUGUGUCUGCAGUACUGGAAUAAGCACACACCUUCAGCAUGGCGGAACCUGGACAAGACAAGAGUGCUUCAACAGGCGAGCUCCAGAGCGUCGUUCCUGACGAUGAGGGUAAAUCAAAAUUUAAGAGAGCCGAAAACAUCAUGUUUUACAAGAGACAGAAAGCCAGAGCUGCGUCUCAGUACUGUGCCUUAUUGGACACUUUAAGCCUGCGAGAGAGAGGAGCAGCUGUGGAGCUGUGUGUGUACAACUCUCAGUCUGAACAGGAACACUUGCUUCUCCUAAUCCAUAAAAUUCCUAAUGGAACGUUGAGAUUUACGAUUGAUGAACUGCAGCCUGUCAGAGCACGCUAUAAAGCUGAAGAUGUCUUAAUGGGAGAACCAAAAUAUGAGCAGUUGAGGAUUGAGUGGAAGAGAGUUGACUGUGUUUCUCUGACAUGGGGUUCAGGGCAGUACCAUGUCCACAUCUUUGCUUUCCCUUUCCACCUAGAGAUUCUCUGUGGGGACAAGGCAUUGGUCACAUUUAAUCCUGAAGGCAGAUUCUGCUUUGAGACUCUGUCUAAUCCAGCCAGGCCAUCCUCUAGUUCACCUCAGGGUAAAGAAAAUACAGGGCUGUGGAAAGAGACAUUCAGACAGUUUCAAGACAUCAACGCAAAUGGUCCCAGUUCAGUGGGUAUUGACCUUAGGCUCCAUGGUUUCAGCCAUGCUUAUGGUAUUCCUGAGCAUGCAGAUUCUCUCCAAUUGAAGGACACCAGUGGUGGUGAACCGUAUCGACUGUACAACCUGGAUGUGUUUGCCUACAAGAUCAACAGCAGACUGGGGCUUUAUGGUUCUGUUCCUCUUCUGUUAGCUCACAACCUAGACAGGACGCUGGGCAUCUUCUGGCUCAACCCCUCAGAAACUCUGGUAGAUCUGCAGUAUGACUCAAGCGAUCAGGAGGAAGAAGAUGCCCCACAAGUGAAGAAGAGAAGGGUAGAUUCUCAAAUUGAUGUGCACUGGGUGUCAGAGAGUGGAAUAAUUGAUUGUUUCAUACUGCUUGGACCUUCCCCCACCAAAGUGUUUUCUCAGUAUGCACAGCUCACAGGAUACCAAGCCUUGCCACCUUUGUUUUCUCUGGGAUAUCACCAGUGUCGCUGGAACUAUAAGGAUGAAAAGGAUGUGAAAGCCGUUGAUGCUGGCUUCGAUCUCCAUACCAUCCCUUAUGAUGUAAUCUGGCUGGACAUAGACCACACUGAAGGCAAGCGCUACUUUACCUGGGAUUCCAAACUGUUUCCUAACCCAGUGGAUAUGCAGCUCCAUCUGCAGAGAAAGAACAGGAAGUUGGUGGUUAUCAAUGAUCCCCAUAUCAAGGCUGACCUUGAUUGGCCUUUUUUCUGUGAAUCCAGAGAUGGAGGCCAUUUUGUGAAGGACAGAGAUGGUGGACUUUACCAUGGAACAUGCUGGCCAGGUGAUUCCUGCUACUUGGACUUCAGUAGCUCAAGGACACGGUCAUGGUAUGCCAGGCAGUUCUCACUUGACAAGUAUAAAGGGUCUACAGAGUCCUUGUUUGUGUGGAAUGACAUGAACGAGCCCUCUGUCUUUUAUGGACCCGAGCAGACAAUGCCUAAAGACUUGCUUCAUUAUUCAGGCUGGGAACAUAGGGAAUUACACAACCUGUAUGGCUUCUUCCAGCACAUGGCUACUUUUGAGGGUUUGAUAACUCGCUCUGCUGGCUUGGAGAGACCAUUUGUUCUGUCACGCUCCUUCUUUGCAGGGUCUCAGAGAAUGGGUGCUGUAUGGACAGGAGACAAUGUUGCUACCUGGGAGUAUCUGAAGAUCUCAAUCCCUAUGCUGUUGUCACUGAGUGUAACUGGAAUGCAGUUUUGUGGUGCUGAUGUAGGUGGCUUUGUGCAGGAUCCUGACCCGGAGUUGCUGGUGCGUUGGUACCAGGCGGGCGCGCUGCAGCCUUUCUAUAGAGGCCACUCGGCUAAACAGACCAAGCGGCGUGAGCCCUGGCUGUUUGGGGAUGCAGUUACUUCAGCAGUGCGAGCAGCAAUCCAGCAGAGAUAUUGCCUCUUGCCUUAUUGGUACACACUCUUUCACCUAGCCCAUACCUCAGCAUUGCCCCCAAUGAGACCACUGUGGGUGGAGUUUCCAAAGGAGACCGAAACCUUCACUGUGGAAAACCAGUACAUGAUUGGCAAUGCUCUCCUGGCUUGUCCUGUGACUGACCCAAGAGUCACAGAGGUCAGGAUUUUACUACCGGGGUCAGAUGAGCUGUGGUAUGAUGUCAGCAACGGAGGUGUGCACAGAGGAGGCAAGGUUCUGACACUUCCUGUGACACUGGAGACAGUGCCUGUGCUCCAGCGUGGAGGAACAAUUGUGACGAGGAGAACAGGCUGUGGUUCCUGUACUGCUGAUCUCAAACAACAUCCUUUCACUCUUACUAUAGCCCUGGACCUGGAGGGCAAUGCUGAAGGUCUGCUGUAUGAGGAUGAUGGACACUCCUUCAGCUACAGGGACAAAAAGCAGUUCUGUUUGCGUAAAUUCUCUAUGCAUUCUGGCAGACUCAGUAGCAGCUGUGCAGAUGAAGAAGCGCUCUUUAUCUCUGGUGGUAAACUGGAGUCAGUGGUGAUUCUGGGUCAGAAAAAAGUGAAAAAGAAUCCUACUCUAAAAUCAACUGCAGGGAAAAGAAAAAUCAAAUUUGAGUUUCAACCAAAGCAAGCUCUGCUGACGCUGACGGGCUUGGACCUGGAUAUACACACAGAUUGGGAAAUCAGAAUUAAUAAUUAGUAGUUUAUUAAUCAUUAGCAAGAAAACAUUUCAGGGUCUUCUCUGUGCAUGUUCAGUUUUUGUUGUAAGUUAACGUUGGGUUUUAUAGUUUUUAUAACAUUGACAGACGUUUUAUUUUUAUGUUUUAUGGUAUUAAGGCACAUAAUUGUGAGUUCGAAAUCUCUGGAAGGAACUCAAAAGGGAAGUUGAAAAUUGAAGCACUGUAAUCUAUCUAAUUUAUUAACUUCCUGUUUUUGUUUUAAUGUUUGGCCAUAAAGCCCUGUACUAUAGCCAUGAUUUAUAUAACAAAGCUAAUUUUGCACUGUUUUGUUACAACAGUCAAGGAGAGUCAAAUAAACCUGUGUCUCUGAUCUUUUUUAUGUAAUUAAUAAGUUUUUUGCUGCUGUAGGUGGUGAAAACACACACACACAUGCAGCAGCUCAUGUGCUGUUGCCUUUUCACAUUGUUUGUAUUCCAAACUGUACUUUAAAUAUAGAGCAUCAUAUAGAAUCACAUGGUUGAUACUUGGAAAGGAAACCAGUGGCUUUAUUAAAAAGUGGGGGGAGGGGGCAUUUUGUCUACAUGAUUUUUUGAGUCCCCAUGUUCUUCUGUCUAAUCACCUUUUAUGCUAUGAUAAAACAUUUUAAUCUUGAUCAGAGUGGACUAUUUCAGGAUCACAAGAUCCUCAGCCAUAGUGCAUGAAAAUUUGAUGAUCAUGCAUGAAUCAUAUGACCUGGCCUUUUUGGACCAGCAUGUUAUGCAAUACUCUCCACUAUCAUCAUCAUCAUCAUCAUCAAAACACCAUCUGAGGCAGAAAUCUUUGGAAGAAUUCUGUUCAUACUUCCAGUAUAAUUCCAGAGAUAUGUACAAUCAAUUUCAAGAUGUUCUGGUGGCUUGUGGAGUCCCAACACAUUUAAUACAUUUUUAUGUUGUUGUUUUUUUCAACAGCUGUCUGUUUGAGGUAUUGUACAAAUUGAGGGAUGUGUUGAAUUACAGGUUUUGGGUGCAUGACAAUUGUUUUUGUCCUCAAUAAGUGUUCAUAAAAUUCUUCCCAUUAUUAAAGGUAUAACUAGGAAACCGGAACCA